AUGUCCUCUGUGGAAAAUGCAGAAAACGGUGUAGGAAAAUACUCUUAUCAGACCGUGUACUACAUCAUUACCAACAACAACAACAGCACUGAAGGCGAACCGGAACAAGUUGAAAACUUACAUGCGAUAACUGCAGCUGUCGACAGUGAACUUACGCGGAAGCGUCGCAGAAUCGAAGCAAUUAAGAUGCAAGGACAAAUUUCCGGCGCAGUACAGACCCAGGGCGGUUCACCACAGGCUGCUGCGUUAGCAGCACAGCAACAGCAGCAGCAACAAAGCAUUUCGGUAAAAAUGGAUCCAGCGAAUCAGCUGUCUUCUGCUGGCCUGUUGGAGUUGGCACACCGAGAGUAUCAAGCGGUUGAUUACGAAAAUGCUGAACGCCACUGCAUGCAGCUCUGGCGCCAGGAAAGCAACAAUACGGGAGUACUUUUGCUUCUGUCGUCGAUUCAUUUUCAGUGCAGAAGGCUGGACAAAUCGGCACAAUUUUCUACACUGGCCAUCAAGCAAAACCCGCUGCUCGCCGAAGCCUACAGCAAUCUGGGAAAUGUUUAUAAGGAGCGCGGCCAGCUUCAGGAAGCCCUAGAAAACUAUCGACAUGCAGUGCGUUUGAAGCCCGAUUUCAUUGACGGGUACAUCAACCUGGCCGCUGCGUUAGUUGCAGCUCGUGACAUGGAACAGGCAGUCCAAGCAUACGUCACUGCCCUGCAAUACAACCCGGAUCUGUACUGCGUGAGAAGUGAUUUGGGAAAUUUGUUGAAAGCACUAGGCCGGCUUGACGAAGCAAAGGCAUGCUAUCUGAAAGCCAUCGAAACUAGACCAGACUUUGCGGUGGCCUGGAGCAAUCUCGGAUGUGUCUUCAAUGCGCAGGGUGAGAUAUGGCUGGCGAUACAUCACUUCGAGAAGGCGGUUGCACUCGACCCGAACUUCCUCGAUGCCUACAUCAAUCUGGGCAACGUGCUGAAGGAAGCCCGCAUCUUCGACAGAGCCGUCGCGGCAUACCUUCGUGCGCUAAAUUUGUCACCCAACAAUGCCGUUGUGCAUGGAAAUCUGGCCUGCGUAUACUACGAGCAGGGGCUAAUCGAUCUGGCGAUCGAUACAUACCGGCGUGCGAUCGACCUGCAGCCCAACUUCCCCGACGCUUACUGCAAUUUGGCGAACGCGCUGAAGGAAAAGGGGCAGGUAAAGGAGGCGGAAGAAUGCUACAACAUCGCCCUUCGCCUCUGCCCGAACCAUGCCGAUUCGCUCAACAAUCUGGCCAACAUCAAGCGCGAACAGGGCUACAUCGAGGAAGCGACACGGUUGUACCUCAAAGCGCUCGAGGUGUUCCCGGAGUUUGCUGCCGCACACUCGAACCUGGCAUCGGUGCUGCAACAGCAGGGCAAGUUGAACGAAGCACUGCUGCACUACAAGGAAGCGAUCCGCAUCCAGCCAACGUUCGCCGAUGCGUACUCCAAUAUGGGCAACACGCUGAAAGAGAUGCAAGAUGUGGCCGGUGCACUGCAGUGCUACACGCGCGCUAUCCAAAUAAAUCCUGCGUUCGCUGACGCGCACAGCAAUUUGGCGAGCAUUCACAAGGAUUCGGGUAACAUCCCGGAAGCGAUACAAUCGUACCGGACGGCACUGAAGCUAAAGCCCGAUUUCCCGGACGCGUACUGCAACCUUGCACACUGUUUGCAGAUCGUUUGCGACUGGACGGACUAUGAGGCGCGUAUGAAGAAGCUGGUAGCGAUCGUUGCCGAUCAGUUGGAUAAGAAUCGGCUACCGUCGGUACAUCCGCAUCACUCGAUGCUUUAUCCGUUGUCACACGAGUUCCGCAAGACGAUCGCUGCACGGCACGCAAAUCUGUGCCUGGAGAAGAUAAACGUACUGCACAAGCCACCGUACAAGUUUGGUCGUGAGCUUAAUGGUAGGCUGCGCAUCGGGUACGUAAGCAGCGACUUCGGUAACCACCCGACAUCACAUCUGAUGCAGUCGAUUCCUGGAUUGCACGAGCGCAACCGGGUGGAGAUCUUCUGUUAUGCGCUUAGCCCCGACGAUGGUACGACGUUCCGUGGUAAAAUAAGCCGUGAAACGGAACACUUUAUCGAUCUAUCGCAAACGCCCUGCAAUGGGAAAGCGGCUGAUCGAAUCCACGCCGACGGUAUCCACAUUUUGGUAAACAUGAAUGGCUACACGAAGGGAGCGCGAAAUGAAAUCUUCGCCCUGCGGCCCGCUCCGGUGCAGGUUAUGUGGCUCGGCUACCCGGGCACGUCGGGUGCAUCGUUCAUGGAUUAUAUCAUUACGGAUGCGGUCACAUCGCCAUUGGCACUGGAAGCACAGUACAGCGAAAAAUUGGCCUACAUGCCGCACACAUACUUCAUUGGCGAUCAUCGGCAGAUGUUCCCGCAUCUGAAGGAGCGGGUAAUUGUAAGCAACAAAACGCAAAGCAAUUCCCUUGCAGACAACGUAGCCGUGAUCAAUGCGACUGAUCUAUCACCGCUGGUCGAGAGCACCGAUGUGAAGACGGUUCGAGAGGUGGUGCUUGCUAACAAGCCGGUCGAAAUUCAACAUAAGGUAGCCGAACUACCAACGACAACGCCGAUCGAGACAAUGAUCGCAUCCGGUCAGGUGCAAACCUCCCUGAAUGGUGUGGUAGUGCAGAACGGUCUAGCGACAACGCAAACAAACAACAAGGCCGCAACCGGUGAGGAAGUGCCACAGAAUAUUGUCGUUACGACCAGGCAACAGUAUGGUUUGCCGGACGAUGCGAUUGUAUAUUGUAACUUCAAUCAGCUAUACAAGAUCGAUCCACUGACGUUGCAGUCUUGGGUUACGAUUUUAAAACACGUUCCCAACUCUGUGCUCUGGCUGCUACGGUUCCCGGCGGUCGGUGAGGCUAACAUUCAAGCCACCGCCCAGCAGCUGGGUAUUUCUGCGGGACGCAUCAUCUUCUCGAAUGUUGCCGCCAAGGAGGAACAUGUACGCCGUGGCCAACUAGCUGAUGUAUGUCUGGAUACGCCCCUCUGCAAUGGACACACGACAUCGAUGGAUGUGCUUUGGACGGGAACGCCCGUAGUAACGCUUCCUGCUGAAACAUUGGCAUCAAGAGUUGCCGCAUCGCAACUGGCAACACUCGGCUGCCCGGAACUGAUUGCCGAAUCCCGCCAAGAGUAUCAGGACAUCGCAAUCAAGCUCGGCACCGACAGAGAAUAUCUGAAAGCGAUCCGCGCCAAGGUGUGGGUAGCUCGUUGUGAUAGUCCACUGUUCGAUUGCAAGCAGUACGCACAGGGUUUGGAAACGCUUUUCUAUAAAAUGUGGGAACGAUUCGCACGUGGCGAACGACCAGAUCAUAUUGCCGCGAAAGAGAAGUAA